AUGUAUCGGGAUGGCAAUCUAGGAGCGUCAUCUAAAUCGCAGAACACACCAUGUGAAGGGCAAUCCGAGGACCCGAAGGGCGACGCGCCCGCGGUCCCAAAAGGCAAAUAUGAAACUGUGCUCUACCGCGAUGUCAGAAAUGUUAUUCCAAGGUCGGAUAUUAUUUCAAAUGUUGCAGAUAGCUCUAUGUCAACAACAAGAACUUGGGCUCCAAACUCUGACGCUUCGGCUGGGGCGAUAAUGCCUAUUGAUGGAUUUAGAGACCCUUUGGCUCGCUCCUUGACACCUUCGAUGUACUAUGGAAACCAUCAGUUCUACUCAUCGCUGCCAUCUCAGAGCUCCACCGCUACUGGUCCAUCUGACCAGAACAACAUCGGUGGGCCUCAGGAUAUCAGCGGUGCGUCUACUGUAGGUAUGGAUGCAAUCAACGAUGUUGGAGAUUACAAUAAUGUGUAUGAUGUCAUGCCACAACGGUUGGACCGCAGCGUAACGGUCAACGAAUUGGUUCGACUCAACGAUGCCAUCACCGAACUUACGAAACGUAUGCCGCUACCACCAACCCAGGAGUUAUUAAACGCCAUUGAACCACAUCUCUCAAUGACACUCCAGUUGACAUAUUUACGGGCAUACAUCCAAAAUCAACAGUUAUUGAUCGAUGCGAGGAACCGGAUAUUUGGUGGUGUGUUGAAUAAUUAUGAUUUUAGAAGCGCUAUGAGACCACCUGUGCCAACGCUUUGCGCGUCAUCUGGUAUGGACACGACGAGUUACACUGAGUCUUUCUAUGGUGGCUCAGAUGGGUCAUCAAUGGCAGUUGAUGUUUCGGACGUUAACUGGGGGCAAUCGCCGGCGAUCGAAUAUUCAAUGGGUGGCGGCGCCCCGGCUACUACCCAGCCUUACGAUUCUGCGAAUCAGGGUGAAAGUUACGGCGACGGGGUACCAAUGCAAUAUCCUCCAUAUGUGGAUGUCGGAGACACACUUAACCAGCAACAGUUCAAAACAAUACCUAAUCUUGAGGCCGGAGCAGUGGUACCGGAUCCUCACACGAUGCUACCUGCUAUGUUACCUUCUAUCCCUCUUGAUGUGAGUCAAUCGACAUCACCUCCCGUUUCUGUGGAUACAACUCCGAGGUCUAUGGCAUUAGCCACGGUACCCAAGAAUACGCAAACUGUACAAUCGGCGCAGCAUGACACUCAAGAAUCGCAGUUUACAGAGGUACAAACCGUGAAAAAUCCUGUACCGACGAUACCGCCAGAGUUCAAGAGUAUGGUAAAAUACGACGGGCAGAAGCAUUCGUUUGUUUCCGUUUAUUUGGGCCCGUUGGGUGCACGGAGGCGUCGACUUUUUUCAAUCCGUAAAUUUGGUGUAGAUGGUGCUUUGAAGCUAGCAGCCGACUUCGCUGUUGGUUCCACAUCUGCUGCUGUACCGAGCAAGGAACGGCGUCUUCUCGAGGAGGUCUGCACAGUAGCUUUACGCUGCAACCCGGAGAGUGGAACUAAGAUCGACCAUGUGGAGGCAGCUCGCUCUAUGCCUGAGACUCGCGGUUUAGUAUUUUCGUGUGGAGCGCAGCUUUGGAUGAUCAUUACGUAUAACUCUAGCACAGGGGAACGUGACAUAGAAGCUUUUAAUGUUGAAACUUUAGGGUUCCAUGGUGCUUACAAGGCUGCAGUAUCGGCAUUGGAGAAACGUCUACAGAACGGCGAGAAUAUGACAUCUAAGCUUUCAGGACCACUGUACUUUUGGUUAGAAUCGGGUGGUCGUACACUAUGUCUGAUGGUGACCUCACGUGACCUAUUACGUCCGGGUCCAAGUGACCAGGAGCUGUAUAUCGGUCGUUUUGAUGUGGCAUCGUCUGGAGGUUUUAAUGGUGCCCGCAGACUUGCGCAAAAGUGGCGCUCAGAGUUGCGCAACCAACUAAUACACUAA